UCUAUCCUCUCUUGUUCACUCUUUACUCCGACUUUUGUAUUCCUUGUUCAUGAAUUUUUCGGCUUUAUCAUAGCACUCGGAAUUCAGGCAUUUCGCUGCCAUGACAAUGGUCCACUCGGUAUUAUUCACCUUAUUCCUCCUGUUAUUCUUUGCGUGCCAGCCUAUUACUACUCAAUUUGAAGACGCUGACAUUUUAAAUGCUUCAGACGGUGAGCUCCAACAAAUGCAGGAAUACCUCUCGCAAAAGCUUGUACAAAUCAGGAACGCCAUUCAACACUCUCGCCAAAAACGAUCGGUGUCUCCAAUUUCCGCCUCGUUGCCUAAUCGAGAAUCAGCAGGCUUUUUGAGUCGAAUUGGCGCCAUCAAAAAGUCGCUGGAGGAGGCGAAGCAGGUUUCAAACAAUAUCACCGAACCAGUGGCGACUCCGACUAGCGAAAAUUUAGAUGCACCCACUCCUCAGGCAGAUGCUUUUUCACCAAAGUUUGAGUCUGGCAAAUUUCAACAUAUCAACGACUCCUUGACAACAUGCAAGAAACUAUCACAGCCAGAACUUGUAGCGGAGCUCAAACAGAAGGGUACCUACAAUCCAGAGUUGAUGGCGUGGGAUGCACUAGGAGUCAUCAGGUUUUUAGACCGAACUAUUCAUGAACAUUAUCAAAAAAGCUCGGAAAAAAAUAAAUCAAAAACCGAAGUCAUCGAGCGAAAUGUAGAAGCAUUGGAAAAACUGAUGAGAGAGUUGAACGUCACUUGUGAUCUGAAAUCCGACGAGCUGAGGAGCAAAUUUCAUAAUGUUUCCUUUGUGGAUCCCCGACGAACAGUAUUUUCACCUUCCCUACGUCGUUCAAAACGGAUGGAUAGUGUAGAGGAAUUCAUGAAAGUUUUGAAUUUUACUAAAACAGAUUCUGACACGUUUUCACGGUUAUCGGAUCAACCAUUGUCGAUAGAGAAUGAAAGGAUCACUUAUAGACAGAAAUUAAUAGGAGAAUCACACAUCGUGCCAUUCGGGUGUGACAAACGAGGAGCGGAAGAGGAUGGCUACCUGCGUCUCUGCGGUGCGUGUCAGGCAAUUCGUCGCCUGCCCGACACUUUCUUCCCUCCAUUUAUCAACGAAGUGACAUGCGACACUGAUAAGGCGUGCCUUUAUUUCUACGACUAUCCGCACGGAAAAUGCCGGCAAAAACACAUGAAUUUUGUUGUUCUGAGAAAUGUUGGCACAAAGGAGUGCCAGGUUUGGAAGAAGUUCAACUUGAAUGUGAGAGUAUCCUGUGAAUGUUUCGUUGAUGAGAUGUCAUUCUUUGCUAAAUAUGUAUGACUUCACUUUUCGAGUUUCCCUAAAAUAUACCUCUGUUUGAUUUUUAUUUGUAUUUAUUUAGUGCUUUAAAUGCAUUUUCCUUGUUCAUUUUUAUUCAAUUCCAUAGUCACUUUUCUAGUCAUUCAGAUCUUUACUCUCCCUGUUGAACGCUUUCCAAAUCCCUAUUGCCCAAAAACAGUUUUCAGUUUUUUUUCCAACAAACCAUCUUUCUCUCUCUCAACACUUUACCGGUAGAAUCAACUUUUCUCAGUCCCUUGUUUUGUAUUGUUUUAUUAAUUUUUCGAAACAAUAAAUGUUAAUUUCAAUAA